AUGCUCAUGAAGCCACCCCCAACAUCAGUAGAGCAAAAUAGACGAGCCCGUACCGAAAAAAAAUCAUUUUCUUGUCUUCCAUAUAUCUUUUUCUGCGUUAUUCAUACUCCCUAUAUCUGUUUCUGUCUCAUCACUCAUACUCUCUCUGUUUUUUGUCGCCUUCAUACUCUCUAUAUAGCUUUCUGUCUCACUCAUACUCUCUGUUUCUGUUUUUCUCCUUCAUACUCUCUAUAUAGCUUUCUGUCUCACUCAUACUCUCUAUAUCUGUUUUUCUCCGUCAUACUCUCUAUAUCGCUUUCUGUCUCACUCAUACUCUCUAUAUCUGUUUUUCUCCGUCAUACUCUCUAUAUCGCUUUCUGUCUCACUCAUACUCUCUAUAUCUGUUUUUCUCCGUCAUGCUCUCUAUAUCGCUUUCUGUCUCACUCAUACUCUCUAUAUCUGUUUUUCUCCGUCAUACUCUCUAUAUCGCUUUCUGCCUCACUCAUACUCUCUAUAUCACUUUCUGUCUCACUCAUACUCUCUAUAUCUGUUUUUGUCUCCUCUGUACUCUCUAUAUCUGUUUUUCUCCGUCAUACUCUCUAUAUCACUUUCUGUCUCACACAUACUCUCUAUAUCGCUUUCUGUCUCACUCAUACUCUCUAUAUCUGUUUUUCUCCGUCAUACUCUCUAUAUCGCUUUCCGUCUCACACAUACUCUCUAUAUCUGUUUUUGUCUCCUCUGUACUCUCUAUAUCACUUUCUGUCUCACUCAUACUCUCUAUAUCUGUUUUUCUCCAUCAUACUCUCUAUAUCGCUUUCCGUCUCACACAUACUCUCUAUAUCUGUUUUUCUCCGUCAUACUCUCUAUAUCGCUUUCUGUCUCACUCAUACUCUCUAUAUCACUUUCUGUCUCACACAUACUCUCUAUAUCGCUUUCUGUCUCACUCAUACUCUCUAUAUCUGUUUUUCUCCGUCAUACUCUCUAUAUCGCUUUCCGUCUCACACAUACUCUCUAUAUCUGUUUUUGUCUCCUCUGUACUCUCUAUAUCACUUUCUGUCUCACUCAUACUCUCUAUAUCUGUUUUUCUCCGUCAUACUCUCUAUAUCGCUUUCCGUCUCACACAUACUCUCUAUAUCUGUUUUUGUCUCCUAUGUACUCUCUAUAUCACUUUUUGUCUCACUCUUACUCUCUAUAUCUGCAAAAGACGUUAAACACUUCUAUUUGCCCCUCCUUCUUUCUUUCUUUCUUUCUUUCUUUCUUUCUUUCACUUUCGCGCGGAAACCAGGGACAAGUAGAAUUAUAAUAAAAUAUCUAUUACAAUAA